AUGCAAAAAUCUUUGGCACAAAUAAAUGAUGGCAAAAAUAAAGGAGCUAGUGAUGAAAAUACUUACUAUAAUUCAACAUUGAAGUUUCUUGAAAGCCAACUUUCUGCUCUUAAAUAAAACUAUUAAUAAAUGGCAUCUUUCAGAAAAAUUGGGUCUAUUGAUUCGAAUAAGGAGAUGGUGGAUAUUUUGAUAAAGUAAUUCCUCCUAGCAAUCAAGUGUAAAUUCAAUGUUCCAUUAAAAAAAGAAUAAGUCGAAUAGGAUACCACAUAAGACAUACUUACUAAUAUAUCAACAAUGCAAUAAUAAAGUAAUUAGCUGCUAGAAACUUUGACAGCCGAUAUAAAUAAUAGUUUCAUUAAAAAGGAUGACGAUUUCAACUUUAUUCAAAAAUAAUUCGAAGAUCUAGCUCAUAAAAUGCAACAAAAUUAGAUUGAACUAAUAAGAUAACUUAAAGACAUAGGCAACUCUGUAAAUUAAUAAGAACUUUAGCAAGAUUUCUAAAAGAAAAUGAAAGAAGAUCAAAAGAAAUUUAUUGAAACAGUAUUGGAAAAAGAGAGAGAGAAAAGAGCGGCUAUGAUUGGAAAGGUUUAAGAGGUUUAGAAUAUUUACAUGAAUAUUGUGACGAAGCUAAUCUCAAAAUUACCAUCUCUAGAGAUAUAAAUUAAAAAGGAAUUCGUUGUUUAAGCUGAAGUUUUUACUGGGCCAGAAAAAAAAGAUAGUAUUUGCAGAACCUUAAAUCUUGAUGAAUACUAUGAUAAAGUUGGGAACAAACUGAUUAGAUCUUAAGCUGACUUAAAUAAAAUAAUAGUUCCAAGAGAAUCUGAAAAAGCAGAGGGAUCUUAAUGA